CAGAACAACAGAGCACAAGAGAGGAAGAGCAGCAAAAGACUGAGAGAAGCAGAAUAAGAAGAAAGAAAGAAUAAAGUGGAUCAACAGCGACCUGUUCAACCCAAAGUUCUCUCCAAACACCAAAGAAGAACAACGACGAGAUGGAGGAAGACUGCAGAGAUGGAGCAGAAGUCUUGAUGGAGAUUGACCAAUCAGCAGGGGAGGAGGUGAGGAAUAUCAGUAACAUUUAAUAAUAAUAACAUUUGGGUGCCCGGUUAGCUAAGUUGGUAGAGAUGGUGACCCACAUAUGGAAUUGCUGCAGCGGCCCGGGUUUGAGUCCGACCUGUGGCCCUUUUCUGUGUGUCAUCCCCUCUCUCUACCCCCUUUUCCUGUCUGUCUUUGGCUGUCCCUAUCUAAUAAAGGCAUGAAAAGGCCAAAAAAAAACCUUAAAAAAAAUAAAAAUAAAAUAAAUAAUAAUAAUAUUUAACUUCUACACUGACGAAUAAAACCUUUACGAACUGAAUCUGAGAAAGAAUUGGGGAGGCAUUUGAAUCUAUUGAUCUGUAUGAUCAGUUAAAUGUAAGAAUUAAGUACAGUACAUUUUUGGAUGUGGAGGACAGUUUGUUCUGGGAAGGUUUGGGAUAUUCCUUAAUAACUUUGAUCGCCGGGUCUUGUUCAUAUGGCAACACAAGCAGUGGCAGCGAAUCAGAGAAGUUGACAAGUAACGGUGAGCGAUGCAGGCGAGGACCAAAGAACCAGUAAUAAAAUUAUACAUCUCUCCAAUGUUCUUCAGUGUGUUAGUCAUUGUAAUAGUCUCUCUCUCUCUCUGUCUGUCUCUAUCUUUUUCUCUCUCUUUCAAAUUCAAUUCAAAUUCUUUCUCUCUCUCUAGCUGUCUCUCUCUCUCUCUAUCUGUUUGUCUCUCUCUCUCUGUCUGAAAAUCUACAUCCUGUUUUACCCUAGCCUGACUCCGCCUCACGUUGCAGCGCCAGAUCGUAUGUAAACAAUACAUGUUGAAAUGUUUUGUAAUGGACGAUGCUGUCGUGUGCCACAUUCACCCUUCACCCCCAAAGUCCAUCGAACAGAAACUAAUAUCCAUACACAUUCACACACCAAUGCAUGGCAUCGGGAGCAAUUUGGGGUUCAGUACACAUACUUCGACAUGUGGCACCAGGAGUGGGGGGUUGAACCCACAACCUUCCGACUAAGGAACGACCCACUCUGCCUCUGAGCCACAGCCACCCUGAUGCUAUCUCUUUUUAUAGACCGACACCCUCAUGUGGAAACACAUUCAGUAAGUGUGUGAAUGUGUGUUUGUCCACUUUUAACAAACAUUCACACAAAUAAUCGAACAAUAAUAAUACAUUUGAUAUAGAAUAUAUAUUUGGAGUUGUCACAGUUACGUCACUGCAGUUGGAAUGUUUAACAAUCAGACUUAAUAUUCUUCUUUUGUCACAGAUUCACUGUUUUCUUCUCAUUGUUGUCAUCAGCUGUUGAUCAGAGACUGAAGCUCUGACACUGUACACUAAUCAAUAAUAAUAAUAAUAAUAAUAUACACUGUGAUCAAUAAUAAUAAUAAUAAUAUACAUUGUGAUCAAUAAUAAUAAUAAUAAUAUACACUGUGAUCAAUAAUAAUAAUGAGAAUAUACACUGUGAUCAAUAAUACAAUAAUAAUAUACACUGUGAUCAAUAAUAAUAAUAAUAUUAAUGUACACUGUGAUCAAUAAUAAUAAUAAUAAUGUACACUGUGAUCAAUAAUACAAUAAUAAUAUACAUUGUGAUCAAUAAUAAUAAUGAUAAUAUACACUGUGAUCAAUAAUAUAAUAAUAAUAUACACUGUGAUCAAUAAUAAUAAUUAUUAAAGCUGCAAGCAGUGAUGAACCGGUCCUCACACUCCACGCAAAUUACAUUUCCUUUUACCACUAGGUCUUUCACCACUAGGUGGGGCUCUCACUAUUACUGAAUAUUAUGACAUAGACGUGUUCAGGGCAAACGUGUGAUGUUUCAUUGAGAUUGGACCAUGUACACUGAAGUUGUGAGGACGUAUUCAGGGUGGGACUGUACACUGAAGAUAUGUCUGUUUUAUGGCCAAUCAGAAGAUUUGACACGUCGCGGGCAUGCAGUUAAACCUACAGUCACAAAUAGCACAACUUUUGAUCACCAAUGUGUCUAGGUUGCAGUGAUGGAAUUUGAAGUCAAUCUGAUAAAAUCUGUAGGAGGAAUUAGUUAAAACAGAAGCCCUUAACUGGCAUGGCAUCACAGUUUGAUUCAACCUAGCCAACUUUGACGGCACGCCACGUAUACGCCCUUCAACGUACGUAGACAAAUAGCACAACUUUUAAUCAGCAACAUAGUUUGACUGUCCUAAUUUUGAAGUAGAUCCAAUAAAUUCCCUAGAAGGACUUUGUUCAAAUACAAGGCAAAACGUUUGCCGAAAGUGAAGAUCAAAAUCAAAAUGGCUGACUUCCUGUGGGGUUUAGGGUAUGGGUCCAAGAGGCUUUUUUGUAGGUCUCGGCAUGUUACACGUGCGUACCAAGUUUCAUGUAUAUCGGUGAAACGUGGCGCCGGGGCUGCUUUUUUAAAAUCCUGUAGGGGGCGCUACAAACACAACAAACACAAAUUUUGGUACGUGAGCUACAGGGACCAGUCUACACGUGCCCUGUGAAUUUCAUAUUCAUAAUUAUUACAGUCUCCGCACAGUGAUUUGCCAUGCCACCAGAGCGCCACCUAGUGGCGGAUUGUUGACACAUUUUGUAGUGAGCCUCAGGGAGCCAUGGGCAAGCAAAAAAGUAGUUUACAGACAUUUCGUGCUCUAGCGAAAGAAAAUUCUAGGCGAAAAUGGGCAUGGCCUUUAUGGGGAGAUUCUGCUUCAUACACUGCACGCGUGUAUAUAAGGUUUUUGAAUGUGCGACAAACUGCAGAAGUUAUUAGCUUUAACGCAUUUUUUUAUGGUAGUAGCGCCACCUAGUGGCCAACCCAAAAGCGACACAUAGAAUAUAAAAUUAUUCGCCACGACUGACAUGUGCGCCGCCAUGUUUCAUGAGUUUUCGAGCACGGGAAAGCUUCCAAAUAUGCGUUUGUUUAGGAGAAAAAAAAAAAGAAUUCCUAUAGGGCCUUUGCACGGUGCUCGGGCCCUAAUAAUAAUAAUAUACACUGAUCAAUAGGUGGUUUACAGGUGGUUUACAGGUGGUCUACAGGUGGUUUACAGGUGGUCUAUGAAUGUUUCAGCAGAUGCAAACUUAAACCAAACUUAAGGCGGGAAAGCAACCCAGCUCUGUAAGACCUUUGGCCCCUCCCAACCCUCAGGUACCUCAGCACAGGAAACCAUACAAACCCUAACCCUUACCCAAUUAGUUUUUAAUUUAUUUUACUAAUUAAUAAAUCAAAGCGAAAGUGGAAAGAAUCACCACAAACAAAUGUUACUCAGACUAAUACUGUGUGACUAAUACUGUGUGUGUGUGUGUGUGUGUGUAUGUGCGUGCGUGUAUGUGCAUGUGCAUGUGCAUACAGGAAGCAGCUGGUGGAACCUGAUGGUUUGAUUGACAGACACAGAGGAAAUACCUUAUAAGGAAGUCAGGUAAGAAAAGAGUGAAGGAAGGAUGGAAGGAAGGAGGGAAUGAAGAAAAUGUUUUUGUGUCCUCCAGAGUCUCUAGAGAGCUAAUAAGAAUGUGUCGUUGUCCGAGGGGGUGGAGACAUCAUCGGUGGGCAUCGGCUACAGACCUCCAGUAGGUGUCAAUCAAAUGUUUCAGUCAGUGAUGUCAUCAGUUAAUGAUUAAAAUAAUUGAUCAUCAGGGCAGAACCUGAACCUGAAUUACUGCCUGUCGAGGUGAGCUGCUGUUUGUCUCUGUUCUCUAGUUCAAAGACGGGGCUGCUUCCUCCUCUUCCUAUUACCAAGGCAACUGAAACCUCCUGUCGAUUAGCCACAAGUCCCUGAAGCAGAUGCUGACUAAAUCUUUACCCACAAUUCAAUGUUCAUUUCCUUUGUAUGAAAUGUUCUGAUUUUGGUUGAUGUUUGUAUUUUACAUUGAAACUAAAAAUAAUUAAAAUGGAUUCAAUUCAAUUCAACUCAGGCAGAAACAGAGAGAGAGAGAGAGAGAGAGAGAGAGAGAGAGAGAACAGAGAGAGAGAGUAUCUGUGUAACACACUAGCAGCAGAAUCUUACAGCAGAAGGGGGGUAACCCUAACCCUACCUCUAACCCAAAGAACACUACUUACAGACAAGAAGCAGAAGCGUUGUAUAAAUGGAGGAUCUGUGCACUGUUAGUGGUCUGGAUCCUCUCUGGGACUGGAAUCUGACCUGGUACACCUCGCAACCAGACCUGACCCAGUGUUUCCAGCACACUGUACUGGUUUGGUCCCCCUGUGUUUACCUGUGGACCUGUUCUCCUCUUUACCUGCUGUACCUGCAGCUCCGCCCACACCGAGGCUUCAUCCCACUGUCCAAACUCUGCUGCAGCAAGACGCUUCUGGGUCUCAGUCUGGCUUCGUUCGGUCUUCUGGAGAUGUUUUACUUCCUGGUGAAGAAAAAUGAAGAGACCCAGAACCACCUGUUGAUCCUGAUGGGUCCACUGAUUCGGAGCCUCACUCUGGUUCUUGCUGUUGUUAUAAUCCAGGUAGAGAGGAUGAAGGGCUGUCGUUCAUCUGUCCUCCUCUUCCUCUUCUGGACUCUUCUGGUUCUCUGCUCCCUCGUUCCUCUGAAGGUUGACAUUGAGCAGAUAAUUUAUCAGGGGUUUUUGUCAGACGCUGUUCGUUUUGUGGCAUUCUUCAUCUGUUUUUUUCUUCAACUAAUUGAGCUCGUCCUCAGCUGCUUUUCUGACCACCGAACAGUCUCUGAAAAACACACCUACAUACAGAACCAAUGUCCAGAGGAAGAUGCCUCGUUUCUCUCCAAGUUUUUCUUCUUGUGGUUCAGCAGUUUGGUGGUUCGAGGUUACCGAUGUCCCCUUCAGGCUGCAGACCUGUGGCCUCUGCGGGACCAGGACUCAUCGCUCCAGAUCAUGAUGGACUUGGAGAAGUGCAAACAGCUGCAGAAAGAGCCUGUGGGUUCUGGACCAUUGUGGUCCUGUGGUUCUGCUGCAAUGACAGAAAAAACUUACCUGCUGAGGAAGAACAGUAAGGGGCAGGACUAUAGCCUCCUCCUCCUGCGCACUCUGGGGCGGACCUUUGGGCUUUACUUCCUGUGUGGUACUCUGUGUCUCCUUUUGCACGAUGCCUUCAUGUUCGCUGUGCCACAAGUUCUCAGCUUGCUACUGGGUUUCAUGAGGGACAAAAACGCUGAGAUGUGGAAAGGUUUCCUGUUUGCUUCGUUGCUUUUCCUGCUGUCCUGUCUGCAGUCUGUCCUCCAUCAUCAAUACAUGUUCCACUGCUUCACUGUCGGGAUGAGACUGAAGACAGCUGUCAUGGGCCUUGUCUACAGGAAGUGUCUAUUGAUCAGCAGCGCAGCCCGGCAGCAGUGUACUUUGGGAGAAAUCAUCAAUUUGGUUUCAGCCGAUACACAGAAGCUGAUGGACUUUGUGGUUUAUUUCAACUGUAUUUGGGUCACACCCAUUGAGAUCACACUCUGCUUCUACUUUCUGUGGCAGCUCCUUGGUCCACCUGCCCUUGCUGGCAUUGCUGCUGUUGUUUUAAUCUUCCCUCUCAAUGGAUUCAUCGCUAAAGUGAGGAGCAGACUGCAGGAAGUUCAGAUGAACUUCAUGGAUGGUCGGAUCAAACUGAUGAACGAGAUCCUGAGUGGUGUGAAGAUCCUCAAAUUUUACGCCUGGGAAGAAGCAUUCCUCAGACGAGUCGGUGUCCUGAGAGAUGGAGAACUCCACGCCCUAAAGAAGUCUCAGAUCCUGUACUCUGUCUCUCUGGCUUCCUUCAACUCCUCCUCCUUCCUGAUUGCCUUGUCAGUGUUUGGAGUCUAUGUGUUGACUGAUGAACGGAACGUUCUGGAUGCUCAGAAAAUCUUUGUUUCUGUCGCUCUCAUCAACAUCCUGAAAACUCCUUUAAGUCAGCUUCCCUUCGCCAUGAGCACCACCAUGCAGGCCAUCGUCUCUCUCAGACGUCUGGUGAAGUUCCUGCAUCAAGAUGAACUGAAGCCCGACAAUGUGGAGAGACUUCCUCAUAGUACAGACGGAGAUUGUGUGGUGAUUGAGGGUGGGUCCUUCUCCUGGACCAGUGACGGACUGCCGUGUCUGCAGGGAAUCAACAUGAAGGUGAAGACGGGCUUGCUGGUGGCCGUGGUUGGCAAUGUUGGCUCAGGGAAGUCGUCUCUGCUGUCAGCCAUGUUGGGAGAGAUGGAGAGGAGGAGUGGCUUUGUCUCCAUCAAGGGUUCAGUGGCCUACAUUCCCCAGCAGGCCUGGAUCCAAAACGCCUCUCUAAAAGACAACAUUUUGUUUGGGGGAGAGAGGAAGGAGAGCUGGUACCAUCGUGUGCUGGAAGCCUGCGCUCUGCUGCAAGACCUGGAUAUCCUACCUGCUGGAGACAGCACUGAGAUUGGGGAGAAGGGUCUGAAUCUGUCUGGAGGUCAGAAGCAGAGAGUGAGUCUGGCUCGGGCCGUCUACAGAAAAUCAGAUGUUUACUUGCUGGAUGACCCGCUGUCGGCUGUUGAUGCUCACGUGGGGCAACACAUCUUCGAGCGAGUCAUUGGACCCAGAGGACUCCUUAAAGACAAGACCCGGGUGUUGGUAACUCACGGGCUCAGCUUCCUGUCCAAAGCAGACCUGGUCCUGGUGAUGGAGCAGGGUCAAAUCUCUGAGAUGGGUUCCUACAUGGAGCUGAUGGACAGGAAGGGAGCCUUCGCCAAAUUUAUUCACACCUUCAAUGGAAACCAGCGCAGAGAAAGCUCCACCCCCAGAGACAAGAGCAGCAGGAAGUCAGUGUCUCGUCUCAGUAUGACUGAUUUCUCCAUUGAUCUUUCUCAGGAGCAGCUGAUUAGCUGUGAUAUGAGUAGUGCAAGUGUUCAGGUGAUGAAAGCUGUCAAUCAAGACUUGGACACUGAGGAUGCUGGAAAACUUACAGAGGCCGACAAAGCUCACACGGGCAGGGUAAAGCUGCAGAUGUAUAGAGAGUACUUCAGGACUGUCGGCCUGACGUUCAUCAUGACCAUCAUCUUCCUUUGUGCCUUCCAGCAGGCCGCCUCAUUGGCCUACAACUAUUGGCUGAGCCUCUGGGCUGACGAGCAACCGAUCAAUGGCACACAGAGUGACCAUGAGCUGAAGCUGAGCGUGUUUGCAGCUCUUGGCUUCACUCAGGGUAUGGCUAUGUUUGGUACAACACUCGCCAUCGCGCUCGGUGGUAUCGUUGCGUCGCAUCACCUUCAUGCUGGUCUUCUCCUCAGUGUCUUGCACUCACCCAUGUCCUUCUUCGAGGUGACACCCAGCGGAAACCUCCUGAACCGCUUCUCCAAAGAGAUUGAUGCCAUCGACUGCAUGAUUCCUGAUGGGCUGAAGAUGAUGUUGGGCUACCUGUUCAAGCUGUUGGAGGUCUGCAUCAUUUUGUUGUUGGCCACGCCCUUCACAGCACUGGUGCUCCUCCCUCUCACUUGUGUCUACAUCUUCAUACAGAGUUUCUAUGUGGCCUCAUCGUGUCAGCUACGACGACUGGAAGCGGUCAGUCGCUCGCCAAUCUACAGCCACUUUAAUGAGACCAUGCAGGGCACUAACGUCAUCCGAGCCUUUGGUGAACAGCGCCGCUUUGUCCUGCAGGCUGACCGUCGCAUUGACAACAACCAGGAAGCUUAUUUUCCUCGCUUUGUCGCCACCAGAUGGCUGGCAGUGAAUCUGGAGUUUUUGGGGAAUCUGUUGGUUUUGGCUGCAGCCAUCUUGUCGGUGCGAGGUCGAAAUGAACUCACUCCGGGCAUUGUGGGAUUGGCAGUGUCACAUUCUCUCCAGGUGACAGGAAUCCUGAGCUGGAUUGUCCGAUCAUGGACUGAUGUGGAGAACAACAUUGUGUCAGUGGAAAGAGUCAAAGAGUACGACAACACACCAAAAGAGGCAGUGUGGACCCUCGAGGGCAGCUUGCUGCCAGCAGCCUGGCCGACCUCUGGAAACAUCCAGUUUGAAGACUACGGACUGCAGUACCGUAAAGGUUUGGACUGGGCUUUAAACAACAUCUCCAUUGACAUCCAGGACAGGGAAAAGGUGGGGAUUGUUGGAAGGACGGGGGCUGGGAAGUCUUCUCUGGCUUUGGGAAUUUUUCGGAUUCUGGAGGCAGCGAAGGGACAAAUCUCUAUUGACGGGAUCAACAUUGCUCAGAUUGGCCUUCAUGAUCUUCGCUCCAGAAUCACCAUUAUCCCUCAGGACCCAGUGUUGUUUUCUGGUUCUCUGAGGAUGAACCUAGACCCUUUUGAUACCUGUUCAGAUGAGGAUCUGUGGAAAGCUCUGGAACUGGCUCAUCUCAGCAGCUUCGUGUUGGCACUGCCACAGAAACUGAACCAUCAGUGCUGUGAAGGAGGAGAGAACCUCAGUCUUGGUCAGAGGCAGCUGCUGUGUUUGGCCAGAGCUCUACUGAGGAAGACAAGGAUCUUGGUUUUGGAUGAAGCCACAGCAGCUGUGGACCUGAAGACGGACCAGCUGAUCCAGUCAACCAUUCGUGCUCAGUUUGAUGACUGUACAGUCCUAACCAUUGCUCACCGCCUCAACACCAUCAUGGACUACACUAGGAUAAUAGUGAUGGACCACGGCACAAUUGCAGAGAUGGACUCCCCCUCUCAGCUCAUACGCCUGCAGGGUAAAUUCUAUCAGAUGUGCCUUGAGGCUGGUCUGGUUUGAUAUCAUUUUUUUGUUUGACUUUUUCCCAAUAUAUUAAAAAAAUGUUGUCUGUAAAAUCUAUUGAAAAUGUCCAGGAAAUGUGUUUUAAAUUUUAAGAAUAAAUUGUUAAUUUUAUUGUAGCAUGGAAAUUCAUUACACCAUAAACUAUAAACUCAACCUUCUUAUAUUUAGACAAGCCUCUAUAUGGUACAAGCCUUUAAUUCCUUUUGUUCAUCAAAGAUGGGAAACCAGUAUGAAUAUUAUUUCUAUUGAAUAACAUGUAAAUUAUGAGUCAUUCUUUUGAUUGUUUAUUAAUGUAAAAUGAAGUGAAGGAUGUAAUUGUGAUACUGAUAACUGAUAACUAACUAGAUCUCACUGAUAUAACAAUGUGAAGCAUGUCCAUAUUAAAAAUAAAUUAUAUUUGUGUAGGUGAUCUAAGCAGGGGCCUUUAUUUAUAAUAACUCACCCAGAUUUUUAUUGACGUUUUAUAAAAUAAAUGACAUUUGGUUCAACUAUGGCAAUACUAAUUCACAAAGUAUGCAUGUAUUCCGUUAUUUGACCAUAUAUCACUGUCAAAUACAUAAAAAUACUGUUAAUAAUUAAAAAUGUCUGAUUGCAAUAAAAUAACUAAUGGAAAAAAAAA